CUCAAAUAUCAUCACCAACAUCUACUACUAAACUUAGUGAUCAACUCUUCAUAUUUUCUUCGUUUCACCGUCGUAUAUAUUUAUAUCCAUAUCUGUAUCUAUAUCUAUAUCUAUACAUAUCGAUCGAUAUGGAUAGAAUAGGUGACUUGGCAUCAAAGAAGGCAGCUGUAAUAUUCACAAAGAGUUCAUGUUUUAUGUGUCAUAGUAUUAAAGCAUUAUUUUAUGACAUUGGAGCAAGUCCAGCAAUUCAUGAACUUGAUCAAGAUCCAAAAGGGAAAGAAAUGGAGAAAGCAUUGAGAAGUUUAGGUUGUAAUCCAAGUGUUCCUGCUGUUUUUAUUGGUGGGAAAUUUGUUGGAUCAUCUAAGGAUAUUAUAUCUUUACAAGUUGAUGGAUCACUUAAACAAAUGCUUAUUGAUGCCAAAGCUAUUUGGUUCUAAGCUAUGCCACUCGGACUCUUCAAAAAUAUCGUCAGAAAUGUCGGCGUAUACGUGUCAGAUUCUUCAUAAGUAGUGUAUAUUUGGAGAAUCAGAUACAGGUGCGGCAUCGAAAGUGAAGAGUCUGAACAACUUAGUUUAUAAGUAAAAAACACUACUACUAGAAAUCAGUCAAUUUUUCGAUAACAUUAUUCUGUCGAUAAAUACGUCAAAAAUGCACUCGUCUGAGAUGUUUCCAACGGACGACGGACUGUCCGUCGAAAAUUGACUGAUUUCUUGUAGUGAAGAAAAAAAGAAUAGUCCACUGGACUAAGUUUUUACUUGCAUGGAUUCGCAGAAGGAUCUGACCAAAUUAGGUUUAUUGUAAGUUUUUGUAUUAUAAAAACAACAUGUAGGUUCCUAGCUUGUACACAAACUUUUUUGUGUGUCAACUUCAACCCAAUGUCUUUUUUUUUUUUUUGCUUUCUAAGUAGUCCUCUUUUCCUUUAAAAGGAAUGGAGAUUGAGGGAGAAAAGGAAGCCAUAUAUUUUGUCAAAAUGGCUAAUAAUGGAAAACUUUUCUCAUGCUUGUAAAAUUUUCUGUUUCGUCGAUUGUAACUUGUUUGAGACUGAAACAUAAUAGCUGAUGUUGUUGUUGUUGUUGGA